GGGAGGGGCCGCCGGUCUAAGGCCGGCUCUCGAGCAUCGAGAGCUGGGGCCAGAGCAGCUUCCUCCUGUCCCCGCAACCAUAGAGCGUGGGCCCAGGGCGCCGCCCGCGGGUGGGGGACGUUCCGGGGACGGAAGUGGCCGAGAGAGUGUCGAAGGGAGGGCGAGGCCGGAGCCCGAUUGCCACCGGGAGAACGAGCGGGUUAGCGGGCCGGCGGGCGGGGCACGAGCCGGGCAGCGCAGGUCGAGCCAGGCUGGAGAGGAGAAGCUGCCACCAUGGUUGCACUUUCACUGAAGAUCAGCAUUGGGAAUGUGGUGAAGACGAUGCAGUUCGAGCCAUCCACCAUGGUGUAUGAUGCCUGUCGCAUCAUUCGUGAACGCAUCCCAGAGGCCCUGGCUGGCCCUCCCAGCGACUUUGGGCUGUUCCUGUCAGAUGAUGACCCCAAAAAAGGGAUAUGGCUGGAGGCUGGGAAAGCUUUGGAUUAUUACAUGCUCCGAAAUGGGGAAGUAAUACCUCUAGCUUCAAGUGGGCCCCUCCUGCUAUUCCUGCCUGAACAGGACACCAUGGAAUACAGGAAGAAACAGAGGCCCCUGAAAAUCCGUAUGCUCGAUGGAACUGUGAAGACUAUCAUGGUGGAUGACUCUAAGACUGUCACCGACAUGCUCAUGACCAUCUGUGCCCGCAUUGGCAUCACCAACCAUGAUGAAUAUUCACUGGUUCGAGAGCUGAUGGAAGAGAAGAAGGAGGAGGUGACAGGGACCUUACGAAAGGACAAGACACUGCUGCGAGAUGAAAAGAAGAUGGAAAAACUAAAGCAGAAGUUGCACACGGAUGAUGAGUUGAACUGGCUGGACCAUGGCCGCACGCUGAGGGAACAGGGAGUGGAGGAGCAUGAGACGCUUCUGCUGCGGAGGAAGUUCUUCUACUCAGACCAGAAUGUGGACUCCCGGGACCCCGUACAGCUGAACCUUCUUUAUGUGCAGGCACGAGAUGACAUCCUCAAUGGCUCCCACCCUGUCUCCUUUGACAAGGCCUGUGAGUUUGCUGGCUUCCAGUGCCAGAUCCAGUUUGGGCCCCACAAUGAGCAGAAGCACAAGGCUGGCUUCCUCGACCUGAAGGACUUCCUGCCCAAGGAGUAUGUGAAGCAGAAGGGAGAGCGUAAGAUCUUCCAGGCACACAGGAAUUGUGGGCAGAUGAGUGAGAUCGAGGCCAAGGCGCGCUACGUGAAGCUAGCCCGUUCCCUCAAGACAUAUGGCGUCUCCUUCUUUCUGGUUAAGGAAAAGAUGAAAGGAAAGAACAAGCUGGUGCCCAGGCUUCUGGGCAUCACUAAGGAGUGUGUCAUGCGAGUGGACGAGAAGACCAAAGAGGUGAUCCAGGAGUGGAGCCUCACCAACAUCAAACGCUGGGCUGCCUCUCCCAAGAGCUUCACCCUGGAUUUCGGGGACUACCAAGAUGGCUACUACUCAGUACAGACGACGGAAGGGGAGCAGAUCGCCCAGCUCAUCGCCGGCUACAUUGAUAUCAUCCUUAAAAAGAAAAAAAGCAAGGAUCACUUUGGGCUGGAGGGAGACGAGGAGUCUACUAUGCUGGAGGACUCAGUGUCCCCCAAAAAGUCGACAGUCCUGCAGCAGCAGUAUAACCGGGUGGGCAAAGUGGAGCACGGCUCUGUGGCCCUGCCCGCUAUCAUGCGCUCCGGAGCCUCUGGUCCUGAGAAUUUCCAGGUGGGCAGCAUGCCACCGGCCCAGCAGCAGAUUACCAGUGGCCAGAUGCACCGAGGACACAUGCCCCCUUUGACAUCAGCCCAGCAGGCACUCACUGGGACCAUUAACUCCAGCAUGCAGGCUGUGCAAGCUGCCCAGGCCACUCUGGAUGACUUUGACACUCUGCCCCCCCUGGGCCAGGAUGCCGCCUCUAAGGCCUGGCGUAAAAACAAGAUGGAUGAAUCAAAGCAUGAGAUCCACUCCCAGGUCGAUGCCAUCACAGCCGGUACCGCCUCCGUGGUGAACCUGACAGCAGGGGACCCCGCGGAGACAGACUAUACAGCAGUGGGCUGUGCGGUCACCACCAUCUCCUCCAACCUCACGGAGAUGUCCCGCGGCGUGAAGCUGCUCGCUGCCCUGCUGGAGGACGAAGGCGGCAGCGGCCGGCCCCUGCUGCAGGCCGCCAAGGGCCUCGCCGGGGCAGUGUCGGAGCUGCUGCGCAGUGCCCAACCAGCCAGUGCUGAGCCCCGUCAGAACCUGCUGCAAGCGGCUGGGAAUGUGGGCCAGGCCAGUGGGGAGCUGUUGCAGCAAAUUGGGGAAAGUGAUACUGACCCCCACUUCCAGGACGUACUAAUGCAGCUAGCCAAGGCUGUGGCAAGUGCUGCAGCUGCCUUGGUCCUCAAGGCCAAGAGUGUGGCCCAGCGGACAGAGGACUCGGGGCUUCAGACCCAGGUCAUUGCUGCAGCAACACAGUGUGCCUUGUCCACCUCCCAGCUGGUGGCCUGUACCAAGGUGGUGGCGCCUACGAUCAGCUCACCUGUCUGCCAAGAGCAGCUGGUGGAGGCCGGACGCCUGGUGGCCAGAGCCGUGGAGGGCUGUGUGUCCGCCUCCCAGGCAGCCACAGAGGAUGGGCAGCUGCUGCGGGGGGUCGGGGCAGCGGCCACGGCUGUCACCCAGGCCCUGAAUGAGCUGCUGCAGCACGUGAAGGCCCACGCCACGGGCGCUGGGCCUGCUGGCCGUUAUGACCAGGCCACUGACACCAUCCUCACUGUCACUGAGAACAUCUUCAGUUCCAUGGGUGAUGCUGGUGAGAUGGUACGACAGGCCCGCAUCCUAGCCCAAGCCACCUCUGACCUGGUCAAUGCCAUCAAGGCUGAUGCCGAGGGGGAGAGUGAUCUGGAGAAUUCUCGCAAGCUAUUAAGCGCCGCUAAGAUCCUGGCUGAUGCCACAGCCAAGAUGGUGGAGGCUGCCAAGGGGGCGGCCGCCCACCCUGACAGUGAGGAGCAGCAGCAGCGGCUGCGUGAGGCGGCCGAGGGUCUGCGCAUGGCGACCAAUGCGGCUGCGCAGAAUGCCAUCAAGAAGAAGCUGGUGCAGCGCCUGGAGCACGCAGCCAAACAGGCUGCGGCCUCAGCCACACAGACCAUCGCCGCAGCCCAGCAUGCAGCCUCCACCCCCAAGGCCUCUGCCGGCCCCCAGCCGCUGCUGGUGCAGAGCUGCAAGGCUGUGGCCGAACAAAUUCCACUGCUGGUGCAGGGCGUCCGAGGGAGCCAGGCUCAGCCGGACAGUCCCAGUGCUCAGCUGGCCCUCAUUGCCGCAAGCCAGAGCUUCCUGCAGCCAGGUGGGAAGAUGGUGGCUGCUGCAAAGGCAUCCGUGCCAACAAUUCAGGACCAGGCUUCGGCCAUGCAGCUGAGUCAGUGUGCUAAAAACCUUGGUACUGCAUUGGCCGAACUUCGUACCGCUGCCCAGAAGGCUCAGGAAGCGUGUGGGCCUUUGGAGAUGGAUUCUGCACUGAGUGUGGUACAGAAUCUAGAGAGAGACCUGCAGGAAGUGAAGGCAGCCGCUCGAGAUGGCAAGCUUAAACCCUUACCUGGGGAGACUAUGGAGAAAUGUGCCCAGGACCUGGGUAACAGCACCAAAGCAGUGAGCUCCGCCAUUGCCCAGCUGCUGGGGGAGGUUGCCCAGGGCAAUGAGAAUUACGCAGGGAUCGCAGCUCGGGAUGUGGCAGGUGGGCUGCGGUCACUGGCCCAGGCUGCUCGGGGUGUAGCUGCCCUGACGUCAGAUCCUGCAGUGCAGGCCAUUGUGCUUGACACAGCCAGCGACGUUCUGGACAAAGCCAGCAGCCUCAUUGAGGAAGCAAAAAAGGCAGCUGGCCAUCCGGGGGACCCUGAGAGCCAGCAGCGGCUUGCCCAGGUGGCUAAAGCAGUGACCCAGGCCCUGAACCGCUGUGUCAGCUGCCUGCCUGGCCAGCGAGAUGUGGACAAUGCCCUGCGAGCAGUGGGAGACGCCAGCAAGCGACUCCUGAGUGACUCGCUUCCCCCCAGCACCGGGACAUUUCAAGAAGCUCAGAGCCGGUUGAAUGAGGCUGCUGCUGGGCUGAAUCAGGCAGCCACAGAACUGGUACAGGCUUCUCGGGGAACCCCCCAGGACCUGGCUCGAGCCUCAGGUCGAUUUGGACAGGACUUCAGCACCUUCCUGGAAGCUGGUGUGGAGAUGGCAGGACAGGCCCCGAGCCAGGAGGACCGGGCCCAGGUCGUGUCCAACUUGAAGGGCAUCUCUAUGUCUUCGAGCAAACUCCUCCUGGCUGCCAAGGCCCUGUCCACAGACCCUGCUGCCCCCAACCUCAAGAGUCAGCUGGCUGCAGCUGCCCGGGCGGUGACCGACAGCAUCAACCAGCUCAUCACCAUGUGCACCCAGCAGGCGCCAGGCCAGAAAGAGUGUGACAAUGCCCUGCGGGAAUUGGAGACUGUCCGGGAACUCCUAGAGAACCCGGUCCAGCCCAUCAAUGACAUGUCCUACUUCGGCUGCCUAGACAGUGUGAUGGAGAACUCAAAGGUACUGGGUGAGGCCAUGACUGGCAUCUCCCAAAACGCCAAGAACGGGAACCUGCCUGAGUUCGGGGAGGCCAUCGCCACAGCCUCCAAGGCCCUCUGUGGCUUCACUGAGGCAGCCGCACAGGCUGCAUAUCUGGUGGGGGUCUCUGAUCCCAACAGCCAAGCUGGGCAGCAAGGACUGGUGGAGCCCACGCAGUUUGCCCGUGCAAACCAGGCAAUUCAGAUGGCCUGUCAGAGUUUGGGGGAGCCUGGCUGUACGCAGGCCCAGGUGCUCUCUGCAGCCACCAUUGUGGCCAAGCACACCUCUGCACUGUGUAACAGCUGCCGCCUGGCCUCUGCUCGCACGGCCAAUCCUACCGCCAAGCGCCAGUUCGUACAGUCAGCCAAGGAGGUGGCCAACAGCACAGCCAAUCUUGUCAAGACUAUCAAGGCACUUGACGGAGCUUUCACAGAAGAGAACCGUGCCCAGUGCCGAGCAGCAACGGCCCCUCUGCUGGAGGCCGUGGACAAUCUGAGUGCCUUUGCAUCCAACCCUGAGUUCGCCAGCAUUCCUGCCCAGAUCAGCCCUGAGGGCCGGGCUGCCAUGGAGCCCAUUGUGGUCUCUGCCAAGACAAUGUUGGAGAGUGCCGGGGGACUCAUCCAGACAGCCCGGGCCCUAGCAGUCAAUCCCCGGGACCCCCCGCGCUGGUCGGUGCUGGCUGGGCACUCCCGGACUGUCUCAGACUCCAUCAAGAAGCUCAUUACAAGCAUGAGGGACAAGGCUCCAGGGCAGCUGGAGUGCGAGGCGGCAAUUGCAGCUCUGAACAGCUGUCUGCGGGACCUAGACCAGGCUUCCCUUGCUGCUGUCAGCCAACAGCUUGCUCCUCGGGAGGGAAUCUCUCAAGAGGCCUUGCACACUCAGAUGCUCACUGCAGUGCAGGAGAUCUCCCACCUUAUCGAGCCGCUGGCCAGUGCUGCAAGGGCUGAAGCCUCCCAGCUGGGACACAAGGUGUCCCAGAUGGCCCAGUACUUUGAGCCACUCACCCUGGCUGCGGUGGGUGCUGCCUCCAAGACCCUGAGCCACCCGCAGCAGAUGGCGCUCCUGGACCAGACUAAAACCUUGGCAGAGUCUGCCUUGCAGUUGCUGUACACAGCCAAGGAGGCUGGCGGGAACCCCAAGCAAGCGGCUCACACCCAGGAGGCCCUGGAGGAGGCUGUGCAGAUGAUGACAGAGGCCGUAGAGGACCUGACGACAACCCUCAACGAGGCAGCCAGUGCCGCUGGGGUUGUUGGCGGCAUGGUGGACUCCAUCACCCAGGCCAUCAACCAGCUAGAUGAAGGACCAAUGGGUGAACCAGAAGGUUCUUUUGUGGAUUACCAGACAACUAUGGUGCGGACAGCCAAGGCCAUUGCUGUCACUGUUCAAGAGAUGGUAACCAAGUCAAACACCAGCCCUGAGGAGCUAGGCCCUCUUGCUAACCAGCUGACCAGUGACUAUGGCCGCCUGGCCUCCCAGGCCAAGCCUGCAGCUGUGGCUGCUGAGAAUGAAGAGAUAGGUGCCCACAUCAAGCACCGCGUGCAGGAGCUGGGACACGGCUGUGCCGCUCUGGUCACCAAGGCGGGCGCCCUGCAGUGCAGCCCCAGCGACGCCUACACCAAGAAGGAGCUCAUAGAGUGUGCCCGGAGAGUCUCUGAGAAGGUCUCGCACGUGCUGGCCGCGCUCCAGGCGGGGAAUCGUGGCACUCAGGCCUGCAUCACGGCCGCCAGCGCCGUGUCCGGCAUCAUUGCCGACCUCGACACCACCAUCAUGUUCGCCACCGCCGGCACCCUCAAUCGCGAGGGGGCCGAGACUUUCGCCGACCACCGGGAGGGCAUUCUGAAGACCGCAAAGGUACUGGUGGAAGACACCAAGGUCCUGGUGCAGAACGCGGCCGGGAGCCAGGAGAAGCUAGCCCAGGCUGCCCAGUCCUCUGUGGCCACCAUCACCCGCCUCGCUGAUGUCGUCAAGCUGGGUGCAGCCAGCCUGGGAGCCGAGGACCCUGAGACACAGGUAGUGCUGAUCAACGCAGUGAAAGACGUGGCCAAAGCCCUGGGAGACCUCAUCAGUGCCACGAAGGCCGCAGCUGGCAAAGUCGGGGACGACCCUGCUGUGUGGCAGCUCAAGAACUCUGCCAAGGUGAUGGUGACCAAUGUGACGUCGUUGCUCAAGACCGUGAAAGCCGUGGAAGAUGAGGCCACCAAAGGCACACGGGCCCUGGAGGCAACCACGGAACACAUACGGCAGGAGCUGGCGGUCUUCUGUUCCCCAGAGCCACCUGCCAAGACCUCCACCCCGGAAGAUUUUAUUCGCAUGACCAAGGGUAUCACCAUGGCAACAGCCAAGGCUGUUGCCGCUGGCAACUCCUGUCGCCAGGAGGAUGUCAUUGCCACGGCUAAUCUGAGUCGUCGUGCUAUUGCAGACAUGCUUCGGGCUUGCAAGGAAGCAGCUUACCACCCAGAAGUGGCCCCUGAUGUGCGGCUUCGGGCCCUGCACUAUGGCCGGGAGUGUGCCAACGGCUACCUGGAGCUGCUGGACCACGUGCUGCUGACCCUGCAGAAGCCAAGCCCAGAACUGAAGCAGCAGUUGACGGGACACUCAAAGCGUGUGGCUGGUUCGGUCACUGAGCUCAUCCAAGCUGCUGAGGCCAUGAAGGGAACAGAAUGGGUGGACCCAGAGGACCCCACAGUCAUUGCUGAGAACGAGCUCCUGGGGGCUGCGGCCGCCAUUGAGGCUGCAGCCAAAAAGCUGGAGCAGCUGAAGCCUCGGGCCAAACCCAAGGAGGCGGAUGAGUCCCUAAACUUUGAGGAGCAGAUCCUGGAAGCUGCCAAGUCCAUCGCAGCAGCCACCAGCGCCCUGGUAAAGGCGGCGUCAGCGGCCCAGAGGGAACUGGUGGCCCAGGGGAAGGUGGGCGCCAUUCCUGCCAAUGCACUGGAUGACGGGCAGUGGUCCCAGGGCCUCAUUUCUGCUGCCCGGAUGGUGGCUGCGGCCACCAACAAUUUGUGUGAAGCCGCCAAUGCCGCUGUACAAGGCCACGCCAGCCAGGAGAAGCUCAUCUCAUCAGCCAAGCAGGUGGCCGCCUCCACAGCCCAGCUCCUCGUGGCCUGCAAGGUCAAGGCUGACCAGGACUCUGAGGCGAUGAAACGACUUCAGGCUGCCGGCAACGCGGUGAAGCGAGCCUCCGACAACCUGGUGAAGGCGGCUCAGAAGGCCGCCGCCUUUGAAGACCAAGAAAACGAAACAGUGGUGGUGAAGGAGAAGAUGGUCGGGGGCAUCGCCCAGAUCAUUGCCGCACAGGAAGAGAUGCUUCGGAAGGAGCGCGAGCUGGAAGAGGCGCGGAAGAAGCUGGCCCAGAUUCGGCAACAACAGUACAAGUUCCUGCCUUCAGAGCUUCGGGAUGAGCACUAGGGCAGCCGCUGCUAUUUAAUGCAGCCCCGGCGCAGAGACUGUGCGGGCCACUACCAAAGCCUUCUGGGGGUCGGCCCGGCCCGCCCCACCCCAGCACUCCCCAAAGUGCCUGCCAAACCCCGGGCCUGGUCCUGCCCGGUCCGGCUGCACACGCCCCGUCCCCUCCCUGCCUCCAAGUGCCUUCAUGCCCUAGGGCCCCCUAAGUGCCUGCCCCUCCCUAGAGUAUUCACGCUCUAAGAGUAGUAGUAACGCUGCAGCACCUCGGUCUGAACCUGAACCCGCCGGGGCUGCCGCCUGCUCCACCCUACCAGUCCCCACAGCCUUGGCUCUACUCCUUCUCUGAUGCUGUCUCUACCCCCACCCCCAGCUACCUGUGGGGGCCACGGGGUUGUCAGCCCCAAACAGGUCAUGCUCCCAAUAAAGGUGAUUCUGCCUGCGA